AUGCAGGAGAAGAAAGGCACGUUGUUCGGGCCACCGCCCUCGAUGUACAACUUGUCGCCGUCUGUGUUUAGGUACGACUGUGAAUACAGUGGUAAGGAUCCUGCUCGGGCGGAUCGAAGCGAGAUCUUAUCGACCGAGAGGCUACUAGCAUAUGAAAUGGAUGACCUUUCCAAGACCUUUGUGAGCCUCAAGGAGGACAUCUCGCAACUCCAGGUGCAGAUCCAGGGCAUUGUUGAAUGCCAACAGCAAAUGCUUGCGCUACUCUUUUCGCAGAAUCGAGAACGGACGAUCUACGCGUCUUCGUCGGACGGCUCGCUGGGCUCAGAGCGUCAGUGCUUCUCGGGAGAGAAAGCCGGCUCAGAAUGGGAGCAGCCAAGCGGUGAGAGCCUCCUUCAGUUCAUCCAAUUCCCAUUGAUCGACCAACUCGUCGACAUCUAUUUCGAGCAUUGCCACAACAGACCUUAUUCAUUCUUCCAUGAGGGCAAUUUCCGUCGCAGCCUGGCCAGACAAGCAGUGCCUGCUUAUCUAUUGUUGGCCAUGGUCGCCACGACACUUCGAUUCUCCGAGGGGCUUGGGUGGACGGAACAGCGAGGCUUCGAUGCUAAAGCUGCGACCAGCUCAUGGAAACUUAUUGGCGCCAGCUAUCUCGACAAAGGCAACAACAACAUCCAUGUAGUGCAAGCUCUGGCUCUCCUUUCGAUUUUUGAUUUCACCGCUGAGAAAGCCCGCCAUGGCUCCGCAUGGAUUAAGAUAGGUAUCGCGAUUCGUCUUGCCCAAGACAUGAAGCUCAUGCUCCAACCACCCACUCAACUACCCCCCGAAAGCCAAGAAGAGCGCCGUCGAGUGUUUUGGUCCCUGUACAUCUUGGACCGACUUGCAUCAUGCGGUCGCGGACACCCGGCCACCAUUUUGGAGUCCACUUGUCAAUUGUCCCUCCCGUGCGACGAGCAGUCCUGGAGAAACAGGAUGCCCGCCAAAUCGGCAGCAACCCUGAAGCAAUUCUCGGCAUCUCGCUCGCUCCCGCCGGUUGAGAACUCUCCCUUUGCCCUCGUCGUUCUGUGUGCGAGUGUACUUGGUCGGGCAGCACAACUUAUGUUGCAAGGUGUUGACGACAAUGAUAUAGUCCCGCCUUGGGAUAAUAGGUCCAACCUGGCAGCUAUACAAUCGAAUUUGAUAUGCCUGGAGCCGUCCGUUGUGCUGCAGAGACCCCUACAACAGCUGAUCCGUGAGGAGUUCUCCGUCCAUGGGCGUAUUGACCAAACAGCACUCGGGCCCCUCGUAUUUUCGAACACGCUCUUUCACCUUUGCUACUGUAUCCUGUACCAACCGUUUUUGCUGAAAAACAAGCUCAAGAAUUUCCAAGGCCAAAUACCCAGCAGUUUCCUCUCACGCAGCUUUGAGACGGCGUACGAGCAUGCAAAGCAGCUCGUGCUUCAGAUCGACGCGGCACAGGCAGUGGGGUGCAAUGCCUUCAUCGCCUUUUACAGCUAUGCCGCCGUCGUUGCCGGGAGUAUCCUAGCACUAUGCCCAUACGACGCUUCCGAAAAUCUCCGGGCCGAAGCGAAUAAUGUUCAACAGACGAAUGUCGCCUUCCUGGUGAGGCUCGGUCAUUGGUGGAACCAUACACCCACAGCAUUGGCCCUACUCCAGAAGCUGAUCUCCGAGUCGCAUAAAUUCUCGGCCUCGACGAGGAGCACCUUGGAGCAUAUCACAUUCUCCACAGACGAUGAGGAACUUAUGUGGACGCUGCUCGACUACAACGCCUGGUCCAGCAUGGAUCCGGACGGUGUACGUGUCUUUGGUGAGAAUCAAGCGAACGAUUCUUGGCCCGACAUGAAUGAUUUCUGCGACACUUUUCCUCAUUUGGACUGGGAAAUCUUGCAAGGUACAGGGACGCCGCUACUAUCACAAACGUUCGGAGCGGAUCAGUUCAGUGCAAACUCAAGUACAGGGCAGGUGAACCUGGGAACGCGGACGCGGAGUGAAACCAACGGGACGGUGCAAGAAGACGGUUGA